CUCGGACAAGAGUGUCAAGAACUGGCAAGCCCCACUACAGCCUGUCCCGCUUCCCGACAGGCCUUGGGACAAAAUAUCAAUAGACAUCAUGGGCCCCUUUGAACGUGCACCGGCCGACUGUCGAUUUGUCAUCGUGGUAGUGGACUACUUCUCUAGAUGGCCAGAGAUUGCGUUCUGCAGUGACAUCACUUCUCGCACGGUGAUCAACUUUCUGCUUGCUGUCUUUGCGCGAGAGGGUUACCCGACUGAACUAGUCUCAGAUCACGGCCGACAGUUCACGUCGAGUGAAUUCGAGUGCUUCCUUGCAGACAGGGGCAUCAAGCAUUUCUUCUCGGCAGUUUACCACCCUCAAGCCAAUGGCUUAGUGGAAAGAUUCAACAGGGUCUUGAAACCGUAUAUACAACUAGCUCUCCUAGAGCAGCGACCAAUCAAGACCACAGUUACAGAGUACCUGGGUAUUUAUCGAGCCACACCCCACAGCGCCACUGGCAUCUCUCCAGCAGUGUUGCUUCAUGGCCGCCACAUGAGGACAUCAUUAGAUGUUGUUGGCCAGCCAUCAGCGGAUUUCGGCACCCAUCCCGCACGUGAACUGCGUAGACUUCGGCGUCGUGUCUGCGAAUACCAACAAAGAAAUAAGGCGUAUGCAGACAAGCGAAGAGCAGCCCGGGAGCCCAAAUUUAAAGUGGGGGGCUACGUGCGGGUGAAACGCCCGGCACCUGGAAUAAAGGGCACCCCUAGUUUUGGGGCUCCACUCAAAAUACUGAGGCGGGUAGGACGAUGGUCAUUCCACUUGGAGGACGGCCGUACCUGGAAUGCCUCCCAACUGUCGGCUGUACCCCAUGAAGCUGUUCACGAAGAAACGGGGGCAAGACAAGAACCGCUGUGGGCGGACAUGGAGACAGACGGGUCGGCAGGAAACGCCAUAGCACGAAAACCGUCCUCGAAGCCAAAGAGCCACUCGACCCAAAAUAUCCCAAUACAGGAAGCUGCACAGUCUCCAGGGGGGUCAGCACUGCCUCCUCAUACGCCAAGCCCACCACGGCCUCCACCAACGGGGAACACGACCGCUGGACUGGGUGCUGAUCGUGCCGACGAACCAGAGGUCGUCCAUCAGCCAGAAGAGCAGCCGGUGCCCCUCCGUCGCUCUACACGGGAGCGAAGACUACCAGAGAGACUCGGGGACUAUGUGCAGUGA